AUGUCCAACCCUCCUCCUCUGAUUGGUAAUAUGUCCAACCCUCCUCCUCUGACUGGUAAUAUGUCCAACCCUCCUCCUCUGAUUGGUAAUAUGUCCAACCCUCCUCCUCUGACUGGUAAUAUGUCCAACCCUCCUCCUCUGACUGAUAAUAUGUCCAACCCUCCUCCUCUGAUUGGUAAUAUGUCCAACUCUCCUCCUCUGACUGGUAAUAUGUCCAACCCUCCUCCUCUGAUUGGUAAUAUGUCCAACCCUCCUCCUCUGAUUGGUAAUAUGUCCAACCCUCCUCCUCUGACUGGUAAUAUGUCCAACCCUCCUUCUCUGACUGAUAAUAUGUCCAACCCUCCUCCUCUGAUUGGUAAUAUGUCCAACCCUCCUCCUCUGAUUGAUAAUAUGUCCAACCCUCCUCCUCUGACUGAUAAUAUGUCCAACCCUCCUCCUCUGAUUGGUAAUAUGUCCAACCCUCCUUCUCUGAUUGGUAAUAUGUCCAACCCUCCUUCUCUGACUGGUAAUAUGUCCAACCCUCCUCCUCUGAUUGGUAAUAUGUCCAACCCUCCUUCUCUGAUUGGUAAUAUGUCCAACCCUCCUCCUCUGAUUGGUAAUAUGUCCAACCCUCCUUCUCUGAUUGGUAAUAUGUCCAACCCUCCUCCUCUGAUUGGUAAUAUGUCCAACCCUCCUUCUCUGAUUGGUAAUAUGUCCAACCCUCCUUCUCUGACUGGUAAUAUGUCCAACCCUCCUCCUCUGAUUGGUAAUAUGUCCAACCCUCCUUCUCUGAUUGGUAAUAUGUCCAACCCUCCUCCUCUGAUUGGUAAUAUGUCCAACCCUCCUUCUCUGAUUGGUUGA